GCUAAUUUGACAAUCAUCUUUACAAUGUAGCACAAGUGUUAUUGUGUACAAAAAUAUAGACUAAUUUGCAGAAAACCCCACUAUCAUUAGAUAUUAACGGACUUUCGUAACAGGUAAUCUCUGGUUUUUAGCUGAAUGGAUCCUUUACGACAGAGGCGUUUUCUAUCCCUAGACAACAGGAAUGGUACGAGCUACAACAACUCUUCUACAUGGAACGGCCUCAUGUCAAACGGAGAACACGACAAGAAGAAACCAGCCACACAACUGGAUGGAUGUCUGGUCUUCUUGAUAGUCGCAGUGUUUUAUUGUUCAAUUGUUGGUCUUAUCAACAUCCGCGUUCAUUCUUACCCUGCUCCAAAGACAGUCGUAGACUCGCUGAAGACCGAUUUUGUAGAAGAACGAGCUCGAGAACACUUAGACCGAAUCACGAGUGUUGGAGCAAGAGUAGUGGGAAGUGCUGCCAUCUCGCAGGCCGAACGUUACAUUGUGAGUGUACUGAAGCUGAUUUCACAGGGUUCCAGCCCGGCCAAUGUUGUGGACAUGGAUAUUCAGAGAGUUGGUGGGUCGCUGGCGUUGGAUUUCAUCGGCAUGGGAGAGUUCACUAAUGUGUACGAGAACAUCACCAAUGUUAUAGCCAAGUUGUCGCCAAGGGAGCCAGCUAGUCACAGUGUACUGAUAAACUGCCACUUCGACACAGUUACGGAUAGUCCAGGUGCGAGCGACAGUGCUGUGAGCUGCUGUCUGAUGCUGGAGAUCCUGCGAGCUCUGUCCCAGCGCGACACGCCCCUCACACACAACGUCAUCUUCCUCUUCAACGGCGCCGAGGAGGACAUCCUGCAGGCAAGUCAUGGGUUUAUCACCAAACACCCAUGGGCCAGGAGUAUUGGAGCCUUUGUCAAUCUGGAUUCGGCAGGAGCUGGGGGCUGGGAGAUAGUCUUCCAAACAGGUCCUGAGCACCCCUGGUUGGUGAGGGCAUAUGCUAGUUCAGCCGUCUACCCCUGCGGAUCGGUGUUCAGUCAGGAAAUCUUCCAGAGUGGACUGGUGCCAUCCGAUACAGACUACCGCAUUUUUAGAGACUUUGGAAAUAUUGCAGGUCUCGACAUUGCACACAUCCAGAAUGGGUUUGUGUAUCACACAAAGAACGACGUGGCUGACAUGGUCGCUGCAGGAUGUAUGCAGCGUGGAGGUGAAAACGUGAUGUCUCUACUGACGACCCUCGCGUCGAGUCCCCAGGUAGUGCAUCCCAGGGAAGAGAAACACGGCAAUAUGGUCUUCUACGAUGUGGUUGGGUUCUUCAUGGUCUACUACCCACACAAUGUCGCUGUCAUCAUUAACUGGUCGGUGGUUGUCCUAAUGCUGGUCUUCUGUGCAAAAAAGGUUUCACUUAGUAAAGGUGGAUUCUACUUACUGAAACUGCUUGGUGCAGUGCUGGGCAUCGUCCUCACAUGGCUGGUGGUGGUGGCCUGUGUGUUGAUGGUAGCGGUGACGGUGACGACGAUGGGACGAGACAUGUCGUGGUUUACUGUGAUGCACAACAUCGUCUGGCUGUAUCUGUUACCAGGGGCUGCGGGGGGGCUGGCAUUCCACCUGCUACUCAAACACACUGUGUACAAGGCAAGCAAGUAUCUGUUAUUGGGGGCUGUGGGUGGGCUGGCGUUCCACCUCCUACUCAAACACACUGUGUACAAGGCAAGUAUCUGUUAUUGGGGGCUGUGGGCGGGCUGGCGUUCCACCUCCUACUCAAACACACUGUGUACAAGGCAAGUAUCUGUUAUUGGGGGCUGUGGGCGGGCUGGUGUUCCACCUGCUACUCAAACACACUGUGUACAAGGCAAGUAUCUGUUAUUGGGGGCUGUGGGCGGGCUGGUGUUCCACCUCCUACUUAAACACACUGUGUACAAGGCAAGUAUCUUAUUGGGACUGCGGGGGGGGGGGGGGGCUGGUGUUCCACCUCCUACUCAAACACACUGUGUACAAGGCAAGUAUCUGUUAUUGGGGGCUGUGGGCGGGCUGGUGUUCCACCUGCUACUCAAACACACUGUGUACAAGGCAAGUAUCUGUUAUUGGGGGCUGUGGGCGGGCUGGUGUUCCACCUCCUACUCAAACACACUGUGUACAAGGCAAGUAUCUGUUAUUGGGGGCUGUGGGCGGGCUGGUGUUCCACCUGCUACUCAAACACACUGUGUACAAGGCAAGUAUCUGUUAUUGGGGGCUGUGGGCGGGCUGGUGUUCCACCUGCUACUCAAACACACUGUGUACAAGGCAAGUAUCUGUUAUUGGGGGCUGUGGGCGGGCUGGUGUUCCACCUCCUACUCAAACACACUGUGUACAAGGCAAGUAUCUGUUAUUGGGGGCUGUGGGCGGGCUGGUGUUCCACCUCCUACUCAAACACACUGUGUACAAGGCAAGUAUCUGUUAUUGGGGGCUGUGGGCGGGCUGGUGUUCCACCUGCUACUCAAACACACUGUGUACAAGGCAAGCAAGUAUCUGUUAUUGGGGGCUGUGGGCGGGCUGGCGUUCCACCUCCUACUCAAACACACUGUGUACAAGGCAAGUAUCUGUUAUUGGGGGCUGUGGGCGGGCUGGCGUUCCACCUCCUACUCAAACACACUGUGUACAAGGCAAGUAUCUGUUAUUGGGGGCUGUGGGCGGGCUGGUGUUCCACCUGCUACUCAAACACACUGUGUACAAGGCAAGUAUCUGUUAUUGGGGGCUGUGGGCGGGCUGGUGUUCCACCUCCUACUUAAACACACUGUGUACAAGGCAAGCAAGUAUCUGUUAUUGGGGGCUGUGGGCGGGCUGGCGUUCCACCUCCUACUCAAACACACUGUGUACAAGGCAAGUAUCUGUUAUUGGGGGCUGUGGGCGGGCUGGCGUUCCACCUCCUACUCAAACACACUGUGUACAAGGCAAGUAUCUGUUAUUGGGGGCUGUGGGCGGGCUGGUGUUCCACCUGCUACUCAAACACACUGUGUACAAGGCAAGUAUCUGUUAUUGGGGGCUGUGGGCGGGCUGGUGUUCCACCUCCUACUCAAACACACUGUGUACAAGCACUCUGACGUGUGGCAGGUUGAGAGUCUGUACUUUGAAGCUAACCUGUUGGUGUGGACCGUUGUUCUCGCCCUGUUCACCUACAACGGCAUCAUGUCAGCGUAUAUUGCUCUGCUGUGGGUUAUCUGUCCGGUGUUCAUACGAAGUGUUUUGACCAAGCUGCUAACAAAUGGCUCACCAGCCAAUACACAAGGUGUUGUUGCGGUCAGCCUGAUGACAGUAUUAAUCCCUGCUGUGUACACUCUGUACCUCACCAUCACCAUCUUCCAGCUGUUCACGCCCAUCAUGGGCCGACUUCCGGCCGUCAUGCCAGACCUUCCUAUCAGUAUUAUGUCCGCUUUCUCAGUCAUACUCUGUAUAUCACCUCACAUUGGGUUAGUCUACAUAUCUCGCAGAAUGUCUCAGGUUGUGGUUGCCAUGGUAACCAUCUCUCUAGUCGGUAUAGCAGCUGUCUUCUUGACGCCGCUUGGAUUCCCGUUUACAGCAGACAGAGUUGUAUCCUCACAACAGAGAGCUAUGUUUUUACAUAUAGACCGUCGGUUUCACAACAUCGACAGGGAAUAUAAGAAUGCAUCAUCCAUAUGGUACAUUCCGUUUGACUACCAUGGUAUUAAGUCGAUUGAGAAGUACGCCCCAGAAGUGUUCAAGGAUGCCUUUCCUGUCCGGUGUGAGGGAGCAUACUGUGGCCGGCCAUACACACUUCCUGUAGUGUCCAUGUAUCAGCCGGGACACUGUGUUGACGUGCCUGCUCCUCCACUCAACCUGACCGACCGGUUUUCAAUCAAGUCUCUAAAGAAAGAACAACUCUCGUCUGACACUGUGAGGCUCACACUUGAGGUUACUGGUCCAAACCACCGAAGUUGCUACAUCUCCCCUCGGUCCGGUGUGUCACUCAAGCGCUGGUCCAUGGGUAGCGGGUACCCUAAACCAUCAAAAACUGAGCCCAUCUUCAACCAGACCACCUACUUCCUGUACUACGCCCACGGCGAAGGUCCGCCCCGAGUGUGGGAGUUCUUUGUGGAAUUUCAUGUUGAUCGCAGACGUUCGAAGUCAGAGCCGAUAGUUGACAUUGCGUUCUCGGGUCACUACUUGCACGGAGAGAAGAAGGUCACCCCAGCGCUGCUGUCGUUCACAGAAAAACUGCCGCCUUGGACGGUGUUCGUAUCGUGGGUCGCCACUUACGACAUGUACCAAUUUUAAUGACACUGGACCGUGUUCGUGUCGUGGGUUGCCACUUACGACAUGUACCAGUUUUAACAGCACUGUGGACCGUGUUCGUGUCGUGGGUCGCCACUUACGACAUGUACCAGUUUUAACAACACUACACACUUAGAACCAUUUACUCCUCUAUGCAUACCCAUGACUUUUGUUCAGAUUGGUUUUUACUGUGUAUGUGACAAUGUUUGUUUUUUUAAUUACUUCAAUUAUAUUUGUUGUUAGUCUUUUUUUGUGUG